CGUCUCUCCUCAUCUUCCCUUCUCUCGCCCCCCGUUUGCGCUGUGCGUGUCGGUCUUCGGUGGCUUAAUUUUGCACGCUUGCGUUGUUCUAUUGAACAACAGUGCUGUCGCUGUCCAGGUGAAGGGGAACUCGUCACGUGUAACCUGAGAUUGUGCGCUCAUCAAGUCGUCGCCAAGGCCACAUUGAAUACUACUUCAGCGGCCGAUAAUUUCUCCCUGUCACCUUGUCUUCUUCAUCGAACAACUUUGCACGAAUUCGACGGAUCACCGCACUCUUGCGACCGCACUUCACGGCUUCCGCUUGCAUAUCAACAACGCGUUUCGGCUGGACCAAAUCGCCUCACCUUCUUUCCCCACUUGUAAACCAAAACAACAAACACAACUCCAAAAUGCCGAGCAUUUUCACAACAACACUAGCGGCACUGGCUGUUGCCCCGCUCGCCAUGGGCCACACCUGGAUCGAGCAGCUUCGCAACGUCGAUGCGAAGGGCAACUAUGUUGGCGAGUAUGGCUACCCGCGUGGUAUGAUCAGCAAGACAGACGAGGGCUACACUGGUGACUCCAUGAACUGGCUUCUACCGGUCCAGCCCAAGGUCUUCAUUGACAACACCUCACCACUUUGCCACACAUCACAGACCAAGCAGGAGCAGUCGUCAGACAAGUACCCGCGCCUCCAAGCAGUCGCCGGCGGCUUCAUUGCCAUGCGCUACAUGGAGAACGGUCAUGUCACCAUGGUUGAUCCUGCGACCGGUCUAGGCAAGCCCGAGAAGGGCGGCACAGUCUUCGUCUACGGCACCACCACACCCAAAGAAGACGAGAAGCUCGUCGACGUUCUCAAGUGGACCCAGGAUGGCUCUGGUGGUGACGCACGCGGCGCGCUGCUUGCAGCCAACGACUUCGACGACGGUCGCUGCUACGAGGUCAACAACACACCCACCUCACAGGAGCGUCGCGUCUCUGACCCCAACUUCGCCAUGGGUCAGGUCGCCGACGGAGAGCCAGGCAACUACCCGCUCUUCUGCGAGACCAACGUCCAGGUCCCCAAGAACGUCACCCAGGGCAAGGCGUACACAGUUUACUGGGUCUGGCAGUGGAACACCGCGCCUAACGUCGACCCCGGCCUGCCGGACGGCAAAGACCAGUACUACACGACCUGCAUUGACGUCGACAUUGGCUCUGCAGACACCGCGCUCGCCGCAGAUGCAGAGUCUAAAUACGCCCUUGGACCUCAGCAAGACGCCAUGUCCAUCGCCGUAGCUGACUUCGCCUCCCGCACAGCCAUCAUGACAGACCCGCUGCAAGGCGAGGUCGGUCCCAUCUUCGGCUCUGCAACUGCAACCGGUGCACCUGCUACAUCCGGCGCGCCUGCCAAUUCUUCGUCUGCGCUUUCUGUGCCUGUCGCCUCGCCCACCGCGCCGGCGCUCACGCAGGUCACCAACAUCCCGACCAUGACUUCACGUCCUAGUGCUGCGCCCGCGCCUACUUCCAGCGCUGGCGACGACAACGCGGUGACUGUCACUGAUAUCGUCUAUAUCACCGUCACUGCUGGCGCGUCCAGCAAGUCUGCUUUGGCACCGACUACAAUGAUCACAACUGGCGCUGCGACUUCCACUCCCGUAGCUUCAGCUCCUGUCGCUUCGACUCCUGCAGCUUCGCCAGUGUCGUCUGCGGUAGUGUCCGGCACCGCGCCUUCGUCUGCGCUAGGCGGCUUUACCAUGCCCAGCGGUGCGGCGAAGCGCGAGAUUCUGCGCAAGAACGGCGCCAAGUUCCGUGGUAUGUUGUAAACUGAGUUUUACGCAUGCAUUUUUUGCCUUUCUUUCCUUUCUUGUUCUCAUGUACUUGUUCGUGCUCUGUGAGCAUUAGACUAAGGGUGGCAGGCCACAGGUAGACGUGCUGGAAUGUGCCCACGACGCAGGAGCACUAUGACGACAAUGUGGAGGGUAUGAUGAAUGAGCAUGAAUGAGGAUGGCAAAGGAUAACGAUAACGACCUGCAUGGAUAAGGACGGAGAUACCCCUGCAUACUCGGCGUUCAGGUACAUUGCAUUUUCUCGGCACUGGUCAGGACACUACGGAAACAUACCCUGGGACUGGCGUUACAUACAUAGGUAGCUUUGCACAGCACUUUACUCAAGCACAAGAUGGCUGUUGUGGCUGGUUCAACUU